CUCUGGUCCAGCCCAGCUUCUAAGCGACGCUCGGGCCCUCCGCCGCUCGGCCUUUGCUCAUGGGGUCCUCCGUGCCAGCCUCGGAUCCUUGCAGCCCGAGCCACCGGCCCGGGGCCAUGGCCACUGACUCGUGGGCUCUGGCGGUGGACGAGCAGGAGGCGGCGGCCGAGUCGUUGAGCAACUUACAUCUGAAGGAAGACAGAGUCAAACCAGACACCAAUGGUACUAUUGUGAAAUCCAAUGAAAAUGUAGAAAAAACAGAUGAAGAGGAGAAAGAGGAUAGAGCUGCCCAGUCAUUGCUAAAUAAACUGAUCAGAAGCAAUCUUGUUGACAACACAAAUCAAGUAGAAGUCCUACAACGGGAUCCAAAUUCCCCGCUCUAUUCAGUGAAGUCUUUUGAAGAGCUUCGACUGAAACCUCAGCUUCUACAAGGAGUCUAUGCUAUGGGUUUCAACCGACCAUCUAAAAUACAAGAAAAUGCAUUACCUAUGAUGCUUGCUGAACCCCCACAGAACUUGAUCGCUCAAUCUCAGUCUGGUACUGGUAAAACAGCUGCAUUUGUCCUGGCUAUGCUUAGCCAAGUGGAACCUUUGAACAGAUACCCCCAGUGUUUGUGCCUCUCACCAACUUAUGAGCUCGCACUUCAGACAGGAAAGGUGAUUGAACAGAUGGGCAAAUUUUAUCCAGAACUUAAACUUGCUUAUGCUGUUCGAGGCAAUAAAUUAGAAAGAGGCCAGAAGAUCAGUGAGCAGAUUGUGAUUGGUACUCCUGGCACCGUCCUGGAUUGGUGCUCCAAGCUGAAAUUCAUUGACCCCAAGAAGAUCAAGGUGUUUGUUCUGGAUGAAGCUGACGUAAUGAUAGCCACCCAAGGCCAUCAGGAUCAGAGUAUCCGUAUCCAGAGGAUGCUCCCUAAGGAUUGUCAGAUGCUGCUUUUCUCUGCUACCUUUGAAGAUUCUGUGUGGAAAUUUGCACGAAAAGUUGUCCCAGACCCAAAUAUCAUCAAACUGAAACGAGAGGAAGAGACAUUGGACACCAUUAAACAGUAUUAUGUGAUGUGCAAUAAUCGAGAUGAGAAGUUUCAAGCCCUUUGUAAUCUCUAUGGGGCCAUCACUAUUGCUCAAGCCAUGAUCUUCUGUCAUACCCGCAAAACAGCUGGUUGGCUGGCAGCUGAACUGUCCAAAGAAGGCCACCAGGUGGCCCUCCUGAGUGGUGAAAUGAUGGUGGAACAGAGAGCUGCAGUGAUUGAGCGCUUCCGAGAGGGCAAGGAAAAAGUGUUGGUGACCACCAACGUGUGUGCUCGAGGUAUCGAUGUUGAACAAGUGUCUGUGGUUAUCAACUUUGACCUGCCUGUGGACAAGGAUGGGAAUCCAGACAACGAGACAUACCUUCAUCGGAUCGGGCGCACGGGGCGCUUUGGCAAGCGGGGCCUGGCCGUGAACAUGGUGGACAGCAAGCACAGCAUGAACAUUCUCAACAGAAUCCAAGAGCAUUUCAAUAAGAAGAUUGACAGAUUGGACACAGAUGAUUUGGAUGAGAUUGAGAAAAUAGCCAACUGAAAAGCAUUGGUUCGAGCUGACCUACGCCCUCUGGAUGUGCAUCAUCAGUUCCAUUUGGACUGUUUGUUUUUCAAAUUGGCACAACUCUCGGCCAGUCACUAAAAAAAGGACUAAGGCGGGAAUGCAUAGAAAUUACCUACCUCAUUUCAAAUUACGUUUGGAUUUAACAAAAAAAAAAAAAAUUGUACAAGUAAUGGGGGGAGGAUAGAAAGAGAAAAAAUGUUUACAUGAGCUCUUAAGAUUAGGCAUGAAUACACAGAAAUUACCUUUUUGACAAAUUUCUUUCUUUCUUAUUUAAAGUUAAUGUGUACCAAUCUUAAAUGUAAACUAAGAACUUGUCAAAGCUUUGGUUAAUUUCUGCCUCUUGACCUUCUUGUGGUAGUGUAUAGAUGUCUCUUCUUUCGCCUGGGAUAGGCAUAUAUUAGUGUAUGUAACUGCUUGCAUCUAUCUGCAAAAGUGACAUUGUAGAAAUGAGGAGAAACUGAGUAGUAGAAGCUGUAUGGUGCUGGCCACCAGGGCCCUGAGGCAUGCUGAACUAUUAGAUUGAGUGGAGUAGGGGAAUCCGAUGUAUUUUAUGAGUUAAGAUUUCCUAGACUAGCAUGAUGAAGCAAAUCUGGGAUACUUUUACCCUCUUGCUAUUUCCAGCCAGGCAAAGCAAUCAGGAAUUGGCUGAAGGAGGGCAAGUACUUAAAUUUGGAGCCUUUCUUGCAUUUAGGUUUAUAUUCCAGAAUCCUGUCUUAACCUCUCUGGCUGUUGUACUGACUCAAGUCAUUACAAACUUUGGUGUAGCAUCAUAGGUACCAUUCCACUCCAUGUGGCUGUUCUGAUGCCUGGUAGGAAAUAUUUUUCCAGCAUCCCUGUUAUGCCCAGGAUCAAUCAGCAAUAACCAGUGGAAAGUAGAAAAAUGUUUUUGGAUCUUUUCCUCUUCAGCAAAACCAGAUACUGAAAAUCUCUGCUUUUGUGACUAGACUGGAAAAGACAGAAGGAAGUGUUUGAAUGAGAUUGGAAGAGACCCUGGACACCGUAGCCAUCAAUGGUCACAUGUAUUGUCACUCUGGCAUUACUGUCCAGAUCCAAAAGAGAAGGCUAGGAGCAAUCACUUACUUGGGUUAUAAGAAAUCCUUUUCAAAUAGAGAUUCUAACUCAGUGUCUGAGGUGGUUGGUAUGCAAAUACCUGCAGUCAUAAUUAGAAGUGUACUAGAAAUGCCCUAUCUUUGACGUGUUUUAUCUCUAGCUUUGAUUUCAAGCUCAUUUAUACCUUUAUCAGUAGAGGUCACCAAAAAAAUGUUAUGGGGCCAUCUUACACUGAAUAUUUUUUCACUGGCAAUAGUAAUUUGCUCUUUCUGGCAUUCAAACUGGACUGUGUAGCCUCUUUCAAAAAGGACAGAAAGAACAAGGAUAAACCACAGCUGUCUAUGUGCUUUAGGACUGCCAGCCUUCUAUCUUCCCAGGAUGGGAUAUCUUAGUCUAGGUUUCUCUACAAGGUCCUUUAACAAGGACCAAUUAUUCUUUUGAAUGAUAAUCCAGACCUGAUGCCUCUCAAAAUAGAAUGGCCUUCCUAAGCUUCUCCUAUCCAAAGAAAAAAUGGGGGAGGAUAGUUGUUCAGUGGAUACAAGGCUGUUGGGUAGUUCUGAUUUCCUAAACCGGAGAUGCUAAGGAAGGGGGAGGAGGAACCACGAUUUCCCAGAAAUGUUGCUUCUCUAACCUUACCAUCUCAAAUCCCAAAGGACUAGGUUUUUUUUUUUUUUUUUUAUCAUUGAAGAAUUGCUCUAGACCCCAGAUAGACUAAAUGGAUUCUGAGCUUCUCUAGUUAAGAUAGUUUAUUGUGUCUGCUAGGUGUGCUCAUGGCACCAAAUUGCUUUAUGCGUGUCCCUUCUCUUGGGUUAUGAAGCUUCUUUCUCUUUUUCAUAUAGUUAGUGAGAGGAAGAACUCAUCAAAUUCUUUCCUGACAUCUCCAUCUAUCUCAGGAUGGGCAUAUCUUAAUAGCUGCUCUUAUGUCAUAAUUAAUAUAAACUACACUUAAGAAAGCCAAUUCAUGAUCUUCAGCCUUUUAGAAUCUUUCUGAACUUUGCCCCUAAACUUCCUUAAUGUUUUUGGUUCUAUUUUCCUCCACCUUUUUGCCCAACCCCAGCCUUUAACACAAGGAAAUUUCAAACUAAUUUUUACCUAUUUUUUUUUUAAAGAUGAAAGUAAAUGGGCAGAAAGUUUAGUUUAGCUGGGUUGAAAUAAUUGUGUAACCUCACAGAAAUCUGGUAAGAGAUAGGGAGAACAGGCUUCCUGCUAGGGUUUAGGCUGGUUCUCCCAACAUACAGCUCAACUGCUAUUUCCUCUGGUGGAUUUAAGGGGGGAAACAGUAGCAGACCAAGGCCAGCGAACCUCCAAAGGAUCCUCUAGCAAAAGGGACAUUGAUCUAGGAUGGGUGACUGGAUUAAGUCUUUUUCCUCCUUUGAAUGAUAUGAUCUGUUCCUUUGUUGUUGGUUUCUUGUCUUUGUCUUUUCUGUCAAGCUUUUUAAGAAGGAGCAGUGGGCUAUUGCUUCUUCCAUAUGGGUUAUGGCUGUCUUGAUGAAUUCUGCUAAGGAAUGGAGGGCAAGGCCAUGGAUGCUGUGGAGCAUAUAUGGCACAGAGGAGAGAUGAAUGAAUACAGUAUCUAGAAUUGCUUUCGUAGGAUCAAUUUCUCGUUCUGACUUGUACCUUUGAGCAGACUUGCUACUCAGGUCUGGUUAGAACUCUCUAUUUUGCCUAUCAAUCAAAAAAUGUCUUCAUUGGCCACCUGAGCAUCAUAUCUGACUGUAUUGAUGAGAAAUGCCUAAUUGUACAUCCAUUCCCUAUUUGAUGUUAAUAGAUUUUAAUCAUUAUGCUGUACCUUUAACCCUAGGGUGGUCACUGUAUCGAAGGCUAAAUUCACAGAAACUCAAAUCACAAGGACAUUUUGGUCAGCUCCUUUUGGGAGCCUCAUAUUCCUGAUCUCUGAUUAAAAAAUCAAAAGGAUCUUGAUGUGAUGAUGCAAGCUCUUCAGGAAAAAGGCAUUGAAAGUAAAAUGAAAGGUCAUUAGGUUCUAUCUUCUUAGCCCAGGGAAUGGAGAUGAAUGAGGCUACAGGAUUGUUUGAUCGUCACUUAUUUCUUUUUUUUUUUUUUAAUUAACAUCAAGAUGGUGCUUAUAAUAACUCAAAAAUUGAGAGAUUUUUUAAAAUUGUAAGGUUAGGAAAGACUUGAUGAAUUUUGAAAGAGAGCAGCAUGACUUUUGGAGAAACAGGAAUUGGGAGAGCAUGCGACGUAGACAGAUGCUGAGUCUGUGCAGACCUAAAGAGGGGAGAAUGAACAUGGUAUUUCUGGGGGGUAGGCCAAAGGGAAACUGAGUGAAUCCUGAGGAGUAGAUACAUGAAGUAUAAAACUUCACAGAGGAAUUGGAACUUGGUAGUCAGUAGGAAAACACGAAUCCUUAAGAGAGUGAAAUGAUGAAAUAGGUUGUCUUAAGAUUAAUAUGGAGAAAAUGAGGAUCAGCCCCACAUGUUCUGUCUGGUCUUACCCAUACAUAUGUGCCCAAUGUCUCACUGAUACCUUGGCUUAAGCUCUCUGGAUGCUGGGGCCUACCAGAAAAGAAUAUGUAAUUACACUAGCUUUAGUUGCAGAGGGUGAAUAGAGGAGAAAUUUGAGAAUGCUUAUCAGGUACAUUUUAACUCUCAGACCCUUGGCUUAAAUACUUAAACCCUCAUCACUUUACUUUCAACUGAAGGGACCUAAGUGGGAAGGAAGAAGUAGCCAAACUAGGAUUUCCCCUUGUAAGUUGCCUUGUGUACAGCACUGAUUGAGAGUACAAGAUUGUAAAAGGGAGAAUUUCUGCUUUCCUGAGAGUUGUUGGAGUUAUUUUUAGGAUCCUGUCUAGAGAUGAAUACUUUGAGGUUAAUUGCCCUGCAGUGUGAUAGAUCUUUUUACUCCAUCCAAUUUACUGAAGUAGAGGAGUUAAGAGAAUAUCCAGUCUGUGGAUUCUGUGGCCUCAGGAACUGCAUGCCCAUGCCCAUUGUUGUAUCUCUGAAUCUGUUUAUUAUUACUCCCAAAACCCAGGAAUGAAUGAAAAUCACAUUUUUUUUUAAUGCAUAGAAACAAUUUUGAUUAAAUCGAAAGCAUAUUUCUACAUUAAAUUCCUGGGAAGGAUUUUACUCCAGGUCAAAAGAGACAAUAGACAUGGUUUUCUUAGCAUUCAGCCAUGCCAGCCCAAUGGAAUGAGGCCACUUCUCAAUAAUGUUUUGGUUGUUAAUUUUAUUAACCUAUAAGCUAAACCGAAUCAUACUGUAACAAAUGUUUUUAUUUUUUGAACAACACAAGACUUAAUGAUUUUUUGAUUCUCUGGAAAACAUUCCCUUUUUAUUCAUUGUUCCCUUUUUUGAACACCUUGAUCCUGGAGAGGGGAUGAUUUCAGACAGACAGCAGGAAAACUGCUGACUCAACAAAAUACAGAAAACUGACAUAGUUACAAGUGGGUCUAGCCAUAGGCACCAUUAGUCCAUCUCGGGGCAAGUCAGUGCUAAUGGUUGUCUUAGACCAUGUGUUCACUAUGGCUCACAUUUAUGUGCCUGAAUAUAUAGUCAACUCAUUAAAGACUUCCCAAUUUUAAGCAACCCAGACCUUCCACUUUGGAGUAUGCCAGAUAGUUAAGAAUAACAGUUAAGUUGGGAGUAUUUUAUUCUGGGUCAUCUGUGGGACUGCCUUACCUCCUUAAAAUGCCAAUUUUUUAUUUAUCCAAUGAAUGUCUAGUCUUCAAACUCAUAAAUGGCUUUUUAUAGAGUGGGUUGCAAAUGAGCAGCAAAGAGAUCACUUAAUUCUCAUAUCUGUCCUGUGUUUAUGAGCUACUGCUUGAUAAAUCCCCAAAGCAAAUUUCCUCUUAGCGCCCCAUUUCCCCCUAUUUAAUAUGGUUUGUGAAAUGUUUUAUUUCAUACUCUCCAGAAGCUUCACUAAUGUGAAUGAAUAUAUAGAAUGUAAGCUCCUUGAGAGUAGGAAUUGCCUCAGUCUUUGUAUUCCCAGCACAGUGCCUGAUACGUAGUAGGUGCUUAAUAAAUGCUGAUUGAUUUA